GGUCAUUCAUCAAAUGUCCUCUGGGUAUUCCACAAGCAGCUCUGUGACGUCCGAAGCCCUCGCUCUGGCCUCAGUGUCCACUACCUGUCUCUUAGCAUGACCGAACGCGUGUAUGGGCGUGGCUUGAGUGACGUGUGGGCGUGGCGAGGCGUGGGGGAGGGCGUGUGUAGGCGAGCAGAGGGGUGGGUCGUGCGUUUAUAAGGCUGUGCAGAGAGAGAGACUUCACGAUUCAUUUCCCUGCCACUACCAUCAUGUUGGUCUCCCGCUCAGCCACCACCACCGCCCCAAGCAUCCUUCUGCUGCUGUGUUCUUCACUGGCCUUCAUGCCCCUGGCCGCCGCCGCCCCCGCCCCUGCCCACCACCCCACCUUCAGCCUCCUGCUUCCCAGGGCACCUCUUCAGGAAUCACUACAAGUCAUUCCUUCCGAAGAAUCUUCCUCUGAUGAGGAGAUGGGCGUGGUUCUUGACCCUGUGAUGGCGCGGACUUUCCUACAGUACCUCUCCACGCCCACUACUGACCUCAGCUCUACGGCCACGCUCCCACGACCUGCCCCCCUUGACCUGGCUCGACUCCCUCUCAAGCGUCAAGUCAGACAGAAUAGCGUCAGUAACGAGCGGGUUAUGACUUCAAGAGUCUCUAAACCAAACAGACAAUACCUAACAAAUCCUAGAUAUUUUGUGGAGAGCCUUGGCGGGAAGGUAAGUCUUAUUCUGGGAUCAUCACCGCAUGUAAGUCUUAUUCUGGGAUCAUCACCGCAGGUAAGUCUUAUUCUGGGAUCAUCACCGCAGGUAAGUCUUAUUCUGGGAUCAUCACUACAGAUGCUGGACCUGUGGAUGACUACAUCACAUGCUGGACCUAUGGAUGACUACACCAGAUGCUGGACCUGUGGAUGGCUACACCAGAUGGUGGACCUGUGGAUGGCUACACCAGAUGGUGGACCUGUGGAUGACUACACCAGAUGGUGGACCUGUGAAUGA